AGAGAGAGAGAGGGAGGGAGGGAGAAAGAAAAGGAAGGAAGAGUGGUACGGAGGCUGAGGGGAGUCUCGGGCCGAGGUAGACGUGGCGAAUCCGUUCGGGUUGAAAGUGCCGCGAAGUCCACCCGAAAGGCGAUUUAAACGAACGGGAGGAGAAAGAAAUGAAUCGAGAAAACGGCAGAGAUUUUAGAAGACAGAACAUGGAUAUCUCUGGGGAUUACAAAACCAUCCACAGUUGCUGACGUCACCUGGCUAUUUCUUUGUACUUGUCAUGCUUCUGUGGUUUGUCAUGGUAGGUUGGGCUCUGUGGAUGGAUCAAAGAAAGACUCGCUCUUAUAAUAAUUUAGCAAGCUCCUUGUUUUUGACUGAAGUUCAAGUCCCUCCCCCCAAACCAGAUGAACCCUGAUCUUUUUACCUGCACAACGCAUCUCACUGAGUGACAUAACAGAAGUAACACUGGCCACUGUGCUGUUCCAGAGAUGAACACUCCAUGGAUACAAACUGUCCCCAACACCAUUUGUACAGUGUCCACUUUUUACUAAGUCCAGCGAGACAGACUCAUCUCAAUCGUGGCAGCAAAGGCAGGAGACGGCCGCCAUCAUGUGAGCCACAGAGCUCAACUUUCUCCCUAACCCAUGGAAGUGAAAGCUUUCAUUUGAGUGGGUGGCAGCAUCAAAAGGACUUGUUCCAGGUGAGAACCAGCGGUGAUCGGAGGCGAGGAGGUGCCCAUUACAGGUAACGGAAGCGAGGGGAAGGAACGGGCUGCUCACAUGGCAGAGCUGGAGACGGAGUGCAUGACGCUGGGACUCGGCACGCUGGUGUCGGAGUGCUGCAGCCCCGGUCUCGACGCGCUGAAGCCGGAAUGCGCGUCUCCCACGCUGCAGGCGCUGCCCUCGGAGUGCGUCCUGCCGGCCCUGAAUACGCUGGCGUCGGACUGCGUUGCGCCGGCGCUCAACACGCUGACGUCGGAGAUCGCGGAGCCCAUGGUCAUGCUGCCCUGCGUGAAGAGCGACUCGGACCUGGACGCCAUCCGCACCGUGGACCUGUCCGAGAUCCAGCCGCUGAGCACCGCCUCGCUCGGCUCCGACCAAAUCAAAAUGGAGAUCAGCGGCCUGGACUACAUCAAGUCCGAGCACCACACCGACCUCCACUCCUUCCACAGCGCAGACCUGGACUCCUACAAGAGCCAGUACGAGCCCAGCCUGGUGUUCGACUACAUCACCCACAUGUCCGACAGCCUGGAAUACAUCAAGUCUGAGCAGCACGCCGACCUGCAGUAUUACUACAACACAGAACUGGGCUCCAUCAAGACGGAGUACGAGCCCAACUUGAUGUCCAGUCACAUCAAAACGGAGAUGAACGGCCUGGAGUCCAUCCACAUGGCCGAGCUCCGAACUGAACUGAACAAGCUCAGGCCAGAAAGCGCCAUCGACGGCAUGGGGAAGCUGGAGCCGGAGUUCGCGGCAGGGGGCCUCUACGAGCUGCAGUCAGCCCAGGUGGAGAAGGGGCCUGGCGGACCAAGUCAGACUGGAGAGAAAGUGCACGCCACACCCCACCGCAAGCCGCGCAACCUCACAGGCGAGAAGCCCUUCUCUUGCACCCAGUGUGGGAAGAACUUCAGCACUUUGGGGAACCUCAAGACCCACCAGCGCAUUCACACAGGAGAGAGACCUUACACCUGCUCCCAGUGCGGAAAAAGCUUUGGCCAGGCAGGAAAUCUGAAGAGGCACCAGCUUAUCCACACAGGACAGAGACCGUACACUUGCUCCCACUGCUCCAAGGGCUUUACAAAAGCGGACGACCUCAGAGCACACCAGAGGAUCCAUACUGGUGAGAAACCCUUCUGUUGUACUCAGUGCGGAAAGAGCUUCGCUCACUCAAAAGAACUUAAAACUCAUCAGGUGAGUCACACUGGUGACCGCCAGUUUUGCUGCCCUGAUUGUGGAAAAAGCUUCAGCAAAGAGAUGAGCUUCCGAACCCACCAGCACGCUCACUCUGGGGAAAAACCGCAUUGCUGCUCCCAGUGUGGGAAGGCUUUCAGCAAUUCAGGAGUCCUAAAAACACACGAGAAGAUCCACUCGGGAGAGAGACCUUUCUCCUGCACCCAGUGCGGCAAGAGCUUUGGUCGCUUAGGACAUCUCAAAGCACACCAGCAAAUCCACACUGGAGAGCGACCGUAUUCGUGUCUCCAGUGUGGAAAGAACUUUAGUCAGUCAGGCCAUCUUAAAGCACACGAGCAAAUUCACAAAAGAGAGAAACAAGGAAGUAGUAGCAGCAGUCGCGGUAACGAAAGCAGUUAGACAACUUUUAACCUCUUAAAGUACUUUUCCUUUUUAUAAAUACUAUAUAUGUCAUUUUCCUUAUGUUUUCAUAUUUUAUGUCCUUUAUGCAUUUUGUUCUUGGGGUCCAAUGGUGACUGAUUUGCUAAUAUCAAAGUGGCUGUGUGUUGGGAGCUGCAAUGGGGCAAGUGCUGUUACUGAGAGAAUAGUAGAAGUAUCUGUAUCUUGUCUGCUCUGUGUAUUGUAGCAAGUGCCAUUCCAGUGGUUUUCCUCCAGCAAUCAUUCACUGUGUACAAGCACAUUGAUAAUAAUCUGUAAAUCCUAAACCAUGUACUGGAAAGAAUUAUUAAAGAA